AUGUCGUCCAGCUGCUGUGGUACGAAGAAGCAGAAGCUCAACGGGACCUACGCCUCUACCAACGGGUACUGCUCGUCCUCGCCCGGUGGACGCGCUUCUAAUGGCGUCGAUGUCGUCCAGAACAAUCACAGCUUUCAUGGCCGUAAUAAUGGUGGCCAGCAGCAGCAGUCCUCGUCCUCGUCGUCAUCUUCGUCGUCGUCCUCAACCUCAUCGAUGGCGCUCAACGGUUACAUGAUGAAUGGCCACGGUCUGAUUGGGCAGCAGUCCUCGAUGAUCGGUUCGAUGCCGGAAAUGUGCUUCUUCUGCUUCGAGGUGCUGUACCGCGAGCUGCACAAUAUGGAGGAACCGCGUGCACCGUGCUUCACCAAUGAUCCUUUUCCAUUGUUCGUGACCUGGAAGAUCGGAAAGGACAAGCGGCUGCGCGGUUGCAUCGGAACCUUCAGCGCGAUGCGUUUACAUUCAGGUCUUCGAGAGUAUGCAAUAACAAGUGCUUUAAGAGACUCCCGUUUCUCGCCAAUCACCCGUGAUGAGAUCCAAAGACUGACCGUCUCGGUGUCAAUCCUGCAAGGCUUCGAGGAGGCGCGCGGUUACCUGGACUGGACGCUCGGCAUUCACGGCAUCCGGAUCGAGUUCUACAACGAGCGCGGCUCCAAACGCACCGCCACCUAUCUGCCGCAGGUGGCCACGGAGCAAGGCUGGGACCAAACGCAGACGAUCGACUCGCUGCUCCGGAAGGGCGGCUACCGGGCCCAGAUCACGCCGGAAACCCGCCGCUCGAUCAAGCUCACCCGCUACACCUCCCAGGAGUGUCAAAUGUCGUACGGCGAGUAUCGUGACCUACUCGAGAAGCAAUCUCACUACCACGGGCAGCUGUGCAAGAUGCAAUGCUAACACCGUCGCCGUUCGCGACAUCCUCGGCUCCUUCGCCGGUCCCGUGGCGCUGCCAUGGUCUUCCCUGGCCACCAGCACCGCUUAGUUUCAUAUGUCAAAAGUUUCUUAUUACGUCAGCUUGUUUUAAUAUUUUUUACAAAUUUACACACGGUACUGCGCCGCUGUCUGCGCGCCACCACGACUCGGAUACGCGGGAAACUGGUCGCAGGCAGUCCUGCGCACUUCCACUCAAGGGGAACCGCCCCAUCGAUUGAUCACGUUUUGCUUUAGCCUCCGCUUUAACUCAUUAUGUCUCAGUUGGGUGUGCUGGCCGCUCGGAUGGUGGCCCAAACUUCAAAUCGGCAGUGUCCUGUGGAUCAGAAGCUCCCAGAGUCACACCGCCGUGGCCCGGUACAAAUGAAACCAAUUCAAAUUACGCAUUAACACGGUCGGGAUCUUACUUCGCGAUUCGUUCGUGUUUAUCGGCAAAAUGAAUGGAAAACAUAUAAACAAACACGCCGGUAUGUCGUGUGACAGAUCAUAUUAAGCCAGCAAAUUAUGGCGUAUGUACAGUCGAUGAAAUUCUAUAGCAUUAGCGAUGUGGUUUAUUUUUUUAAUAAAAUUUGUUUUUUUUUUUCUAACUAAGGU